AUGGUCCCUGGGGCCCCCAGCACGACCACCACCAUGCUCCCCGCCUCCGAAGCUGCCAAAAUCUACCAGACCAACUACGUGCGGAACUCCCGGGCCAUCGGCGUCCUGUGGGCCAUCUUCACCAUCCUGUUCGCCAUCGUCAACGUGGUCUGCUUCAUCCAGCCCUACUGGAUCGGGGACGGUAUGGACACCCCGCAGGCGGGCUACUUCGGUCUGUUCCACUACUGCAUCGGCAACGGGCUGUCCCGGGACCUGACCUGCCAGGGCAGCUUCACGGAGUUCAGCAGCAUCCCCUCCGGCGCCUUCAAGGCCGCCUCGGUCUUCAUCGCCAUGUCCAUGGCGCUGGUCCUCACCUGCAUCGGCUGCUUCGCGCUUUUCUUCUUCUGCAGCACCGGAACCGUGUACAAGAUCUGCGGCUGGAUGCAGCUGGCUGCAGGUACGUGUCUGAUUCUGGGUUGCAUGAUCUAUCCCGACGGCUGGGACAGCGACGAGGUGAAACGGAUGUGCGGCGAGCAGACGGACAAGUACACGCUGGGCGCCUGCUCGGUCCGCUGGGCCUACAUCCUGGCCAUCAUGGGCAUCAUGGACGCGCUCAUCCUCUCCUUCCUGGCCUUCGUUCUGGGCAACCGCCAAGACAACCUGAUGUCCGAGGAGCUGCUGGGAGACAAAACUGGAAAUAAUGCAAUAUAAGUCCUGGAGAAGAACCACUUACAGGUCUCGCAUCCCGGAUGUGACAUCACUUCCGGAUUCAGCUUCCACUUCCUGGUCCGUCUGGUUGGGAUUGGAUGAAGAGGCGAUGUAGGGAAUCAAAGCCCACCCUUUGUAAAAUAGUCUUCCUCCUCCCCUCCAGGAUCACACUGUCUCUUUAUCUUUACUAAAACAUGAAGAAGGCUGCUUGUAAGUACUUAAGAAGACACUUGUGUUAAAUCACCCCAGGACACUGAUAAGACAAAAAACACAAAGUGACCCACUCAGACUCGAAUCAGAACAAAUCAA